CGCCUCAGUGUUGUGAAUGGGCGUGGUCAAGAUUGCGUGAUUACGGCGAGCUUUUGCCAUUCACACAAGUCAGACAACCCGAGCUACAUUUGCUUCGUUUUUAACGAAACAUCAGCAAUCGAUCUAAUUCAGGAUGUUUUACACUUGUGGUCCCAAUGAGGCGAUGGUGGUCUCAGGAUGUGGUCGCUCUCCUCCUCUACUGAUUGCUGGUGGACGAGUGUUUGUUUUUCCCUGCAUUCAGCAAAUCCAGCGGAUUUCUCUCAAUACUCUGACUCUGAAUGUGAAGAGUGACAAGGUCUACACCAGACAUGGAGUACCAAUCUCAGUAACGGGCAUUGCUCAGGUGAAGAUCCAGGGUCAGAAUAAAGAAAUGCUGGCCACAGCAUGUCAGAUGUUCAUGGGGAAGUCCGAGAGCGAGAUUGCUCAGAUUGCUCUGGAGACCCUUGAGGGACAUCAGAGAGCCAUUAUCGCCCACCUGACUGUGGAGGAGAUCUAUCAGGACCGUAAAAAGUUCUCCGAGCAGGUCUUUAAGGUGGCUUCCUCUGACCUGGUCAACAUGGGGAUUGGUGUUGUGAGCUACACGCUCAAAGACGUGCAUGAUGAUCAGAAUUAUCUAAGCUCGCUGGGUAAAGCUCGUACCGCUCAGGUGCAAAAAGAUGCCCGUAUCGGUGAAGCUCAAUUCAAGAGGGAUGCCGUCAUCAGGGAAGCUCACGCCAUGCAGGAGAAGGUCUCUGCUCAGUAUAAGAAUGAGAUUGAGAUGGCUAAAGCCCAGAGAGACUUUGAGCUGAAGAAAGCCGCCUAUGACAUUGAGGUCAACACCAAGAAGGCAGAGUCUGAAAUGGCCUAUCAGCUUCAGGUGGCCAAGACAAAGCAGCGUAUCGAGGAGGAAAAGAUGCAGGUUCAGGUCGUGGAGCGUACACAGCAGAUCACUCUACAGGAGCAGGAGAUCACACGCAGGGAGAAGGAACUGGAGGCCAAAGUACGGAAACCAGCUGAGGCCGAGAGAUACCGUAUUGAGAAGAUUGCUGAGGCAGAAAGGCUUCAGCUGAUCAUGGAGGCAGAAGCUGAGGCAGAGUCCAUCAGAAUGAGGGGAGAGGCCGAGGCCUUUGCACUGGAGGCGAAGGGGCGGGCUGAAGCUGAGCAGAUGGCCAAAAAGGCAGAAGCUUUUAAGCAAUACAAAGAGGGAGCCAUGGUGGACAUGCUGCUGGAGAAACUCCCACUGAUGGCAGAAGAGAUCAGCAAGCCACUCUGUGCGGCCCAGAAGGUCACCAUGGUGUCCAGCGGUGGGUCAGAAGUGGGCGCAGCUAAGCUGACAGGAGAAGUUCUGGAUAUCAUGACUCGCCUGCCGAGCACAGUGGAGAAACUGACUGGAGUCAACAUCUCACAGGCUGGUUUAACCCGCAUGGGCUAAUGGAGUUCAUGAAGAAGGAGGCGGGUCUGAUCAGCUCUGAUCGUGGAUCUCCGCUCUUCCUGUCAUGUGCAUGUGUGCAUGCCUGUGUUUGUACUGAAGCUGAAACAUUGAGGUCAUUUGGUUUUGUAAUCCACCGUUUGUAAUAUUCAGUUUUUGUAUUCUGCUUUGUGAAUUAUUUUAGCACAUUAUAUGAGAGUUUUAUAAGUUAGGUGAACUACAUUUCUGUUCUAGAGCCUUUGUUAAUGGUGAAUAUUCAGGGAAGCAGCGCUGAUCUUUCUUUCUUUUUUAAAUAACUUCUGUAUUUCUGUCUGUCAGAGCUUCACGCCUGUUGAUUCUGGUAUAGCUUCGUUCAAAACCAAAGUGCAUUCAAGUCAAAUGCAUGUAAAUCCACCUGAAGUGCAUUACUGAAGCCGUAGUCACAUAUUGAAAAUGACCGUCUGUGCAGUCAGUAAAGUGAUUUAUAAAGUAAGUUGAAAAGAGGGGGUGGAAAGUGAGCGGUGAAAAGAAACCCAUUGAUUUUUGAAGUUGAUGAACAAACAGGAAAAAAGAAGAAGAGGAAGCAGGUUAGGUUUUUAACACAGGCUGCAAACAUGUCUCUGAGCCCACAGAAACUGCUUGUAGUGGUUUUCAUUUCUUGUAUCACUUUCCAACAUGUGCAAAAAAUGAGGUUAGUCUUUUUGUGUAACCAUGCUGCUGUGUACUUCACACUAAGAUCGACUCGACGUUACCAAAGGUAGACCUAUGCAUUUCCAGUUUAUGCCUUCAAAGUGCCUCAAAGCUAUUUUUUACUUUCUCACUGGAUCAGCCUGCUCUGAUUGUGUUUCUGCAACAGGAACCGUGAUCCGUCAUGUGAUACUUCCUUUCCCUAAUGACUAAUUUCAUUCAGAAUAUUCAAUCUGUUUGGCAUUAGUUUGUUUUUAUUGUUGUAGAACCUCAUUAUUGUUUUUAUAUAUAUCAAGUUAACACAGUUUUUGCCUUACUGUAUGUUUAGUGGUGAUGUAGAUGUUUUCACCUUAAACUGAAGAUCUAUAUAUCCAGACUGAGACUUAAUACAUAUUAAGUAUGUACUGUUUAUUAUAAACAAUAAACUAUUAGUGUGCGCUGUACUUUAUAA